AUGGGGUGGCUUGCAGACAACACCAGUUUCCACUCCAACAUCUCAGAAGCAGCUGACCUAGCUGUUGCCGUGGUCUACUCUAUAUUCGGUGUGUGUUCACUGGUAGGGAACACCAUGCUGCUCUAUGUCUCCUAUAAGAAGAAGCAACUUCUCAAACCAGCCGAGUUCUUCAUCACCAACUUGGCUGUCAGUGACCUUGGCAUGACCCUUAGCCUUUACCCCUUGGCCGUGACCUCCAGCAUCUACCACAGGUGGUUGUAUGGUAAGACGGUGUGUCUUAUUUAUGCUUUCUGCGGUGUUCUGUUUGGGAUCUGCAGUCUCACAACCCUCACUAUCCUCAGCACCGUGUGCUGUCUGAAGGUCUGUUACCCCCUCUACGGUAACCGCUUCGGCCCCGACCACGGGCGCAUCCUGAUCGCCUGUGCCUGGGCGUACGCCCUGGUGUUCGCCUGCUCCCCUCUCGCCCACUGGGGGGCGUACGGGCCCGAGCCGUACGGCACGGCGUGCUGCAUCGACUGGCGCGUCUCCGGCCUGGACGCGGGCGCCCGCUCCUACACCGUGGCGCUGUUCGUGUGCUGCUACGCGCUGCCCUGCGCCGUCAUCACCUCCUCCUACACGCAGAUCCUGGCGACGGUGCGCGAGUCGCGGCGGGCCGUGGAACGGCACGUCUCCGCGCAGACGCGCAUGGGCAACAUCCAGACCAUCAUAGUCAAGCUCAGCGUGGCCGUGUGCAUCGGCUUCUUCGCCGCGUGGAGCCCGUACGCCAUGGUGUCCAUGUGGGCCGCGUUCGGCCACAUGGAUGCCAUCCCCCCAAUGGCGUUUGCCAUCCCUGCCAUGUUCGCCAAGUCGUCCACCCUGUACAACCCCCUGGUGUACCUGCUCCUGAAACCCAACUUCCGCCACCUGCUGUCCAAGGACCUGCUGUCGCUGCGGCGGGCCUGCCUGCGGCGCUGCAGCUGCGUCCACCGCCUGCGCCGCCUCUCCUGCCGCUCGGUCGGCCUGCGCCCGCGGGUCGGCGCCGCGGCGUCCGACUCGGCCCCCUCGCGGGCCGUCCUGGGCUCCUCCCACUGCGCGUGCGAGCGCUGCCGGGACCCGUUCGAGUGCUUCAAGCAGUACCCCCGCCGUUGUCACGUCAACGUCAACACCGUGCAGCUCUCGCUGAUGGGUCGCGUGGCGCCCCCCCCAGCGCCGGGGCCCGCCCCCUUGGCCCGGACGCACCCGGCCUCCAAGAAGAGCGUGCGCGUGGUCGUUCGCGGGAAGAAGAGCGCCGAGGUCGAUGGCCUGGAGGUCACCCUGGAGACGGUGCCCGCCCACCUCAAAACCGUUGUUCCGUGAGAGACUUUCACAAAUGCGUGCAAACACACUCAGCCUCCCUAUGAAUGUAUUCUUUAAACAUUUUCUACAUCUAAGAUGUUUUUUUUUUUUUUUAUGUCUAGUAGGAUAUUUUGGGGGGUUUUCGAUCUAUGACUCACGUUGAUAACUAUUUACCUCAUUGUAGUUCUUUUAGAAUCAGAUGAAGCAAAGUAGAACCCAUUGAGAGGUGGGCCUCAGACUUUGUCCAACGAUGACGGUUCUUUUCCCUUUUAACCCUUGUGCUGCC